CUGUGGCGUAGCCGCUAACAGCGUGCACGUGUAGUGUGUGUUGUGCCAACUAGUUGUAUGCGGCCGCAUGCGAUAAAUACCGGCAAUGACUCGCAAGAAGAUCGAUAAUCGGAUACGUGUGCUCAUUGAAAAUGGAGUUCACACGGGCCACCGAACGAUGUUUGUCAUUGUGGGUGAAAAGGGGCGCGACCAGGUUGUCAUACUCCAUCACAUGCUCUCGAAGACGACAGUCAAAGCUCGGCCCUCUGUACUGUGGUGCUACAAGAAAGAAUUGGGAUUUAGUUCACACCGGAAGAAGCGAAUGAGGCAACUCCAGAAGAAAAUAAAAAGUGGCAAGUUGGAUGUCAAUGAGGAGGACCCGUUUGAGUUGUUCAUUGCAGCAACAAAUAUCCGCUACUGCUAUUACCAUGAAACUCAUAAGAUACUUGGGAACACUUACGGAAUGCUGGUCCUUCAAGACUUUGAGGCCAUGACCCCCAACAUAUUGGCUAGGACCAUAGAGACCAUUGAAGGAGGUGGCCUUGUGGUUCUGCUGCUACAGUCAGUCACAUCAUUACGGCAGCUUUACACGCUUACUAUGGAUGUUCAUUCUCGAUACCGCACGGAAGCUCACAAAGAUGUUGUUGGGCGCUUCAAUGAACGUUUCAUUCUAUCGUUGAGCUCUUGCGAGUCCUGCCUAGUGGUCGACGAUCAGCUCACCAUUUUGCCAGUGUCAUCACAUGUGGCAAACAUAACUCCUGUAUCCCGGGCUGCUGAGGACCAGGAGGCGCAAGAGCUCUCAGAGUUGAAGGAAUCUCUGCAAGACACGCAGCCACUCGGAGUGCUCAUCAACUGCUGCAGCACAUGUGACCAGGCACAGGCAGUGCUCAAGUUUGUCGACGCCAUUACGGAGAAGACUUUCCGGACCACCGUUGCUGUGACGGCAGCUCGAGGUCGUGGCAAAUCGGCUGCGCUGGGCCUGGCAGUGGCUGGUGCUGUGGCAUUUGGCUACUCUAACAUUUUUGUGACUGCACCCAGCCCAGAGAACUUGAAAACACUGUUUGAAUUUGUUCUCAAGGGCUUCGACGCACUUAAGUACGAGGAGCACCAGGACUACGAAGUGGUGCAGUCGACCAAUCCUGAGCUGAAUAAGGCAGUCGUGCGUGUAACGGUGCAUCACGAGGACCACCGGCAGGUCAUUCAGUAUGUGCACCCAUCAGAUGCACACCUGCUCGGGCAAGCUGAACUUCUGGUGAUUGAUGAAGCGGCGGCCAUUCCUCUUCCCCUGGUGCAGAAGCUCCUUGGUUCUUACCUGGUCUUUCUCUCUUCCACCAUCAAUGGGUAUGAAGGCACGGGGCGAUCUUUGUCUCUGAAGCUGAUUCAGCAGCUCCGACAACAGUCUGUUGUUGCAUCAAAUGAUAACAGCAAGUCUGUUGGAGGGCGAACACUGUAUGAAGUGUCGCUGAAUGAGUCCAUCAGAUACAAGCCUGGAGACGCUGUUGAAAAAUGGCUCAACCAGCUUCUCUGUCUGGAUGCAACUGUACCACCUGUCUCCGGCUGCCCACCACCACAGGACUGCCAACUAUUUUACGUGAACAGGGACACCCUGUUCAGCUACCACAAGGCCUCUGAGGCCUUUCUGCAGCAGGUGGUGUCCCUGUACGUAGCCUCACACUACAAGAACUCGCCCAAUGACCUGCAGUUGCUGUCGGAUGCGCCAGCACAUCAUCUCUUCGUGUUAUUGGCCCCGGUGCACCCAAGCUCUAAGGCACUACCGCAAGUGCUUUGUGUUCUGCAGGUUUGCUAUGAAGGUGGCAUAUCAAAGUCCAGUGUGUCUGACAGUUUUUCUCGUGGACGCCGAGCUCACGGUGACUUGAUUCCUUGGACCGUGUCGCAACAGUUUCAAGAUGAAGAGUUUGCUGGUCUUGCUGGAGCUCGCGUUGUCAGGAUUGCUACUCACCCCGAGUACCAAAGGAUGGGCUAUGGAUUGCGUGCCCUGGAGCUCCUGACGGAGUACUACCUGGGUCACAUCCCGAGCCUUGAGGAGAAGCCAGACACGGACCUAGAUAGUGUGCCACUGGCUGAGGAAGACAAUGGGGAAGGCGCAGAAUGCCUGGAGCCACGUAAGGCGCUGCCACCACUGCUGCUUAAGCUGAGCGAGAAGCGAGCUGAGCAGCUCGACUACCUGGGCGUCUCAUACGGUCUCACGGCUGACCUGUUGAAGUUUUGGAAGAAAGCUGGUUACAUUCCUGUGUACCUCAGACAAACCCCUAACGACCUGACAGGGGAGCACUCGUGCAUCAUGCUCAAGUGCCUGCAAGAAAGUGCUCAGUGGUUGCCAGAACUGUGGAAAGACUUCAAGCGCCGCUUCCUCUUUCUCCUUGGCUACCAGUUCCGAGAGCUGGCACCAGCCACUGCUCUUAGUGUUCUGCGAAACCCUGUUGAUGACGCCAUUACAGCAUCCGCUCUGACUCUUGAAGAAGUGGAGCGUCUCUUCUCGGUGUAUGACAUCAAACGACUGGAGUUGUACUCGCAGAACCUGGUAGAUCACCACCUCAUCACCGAUCUGCUUCCAACGCUGGCACAACAGUAUUUCCUCAAGACUCUUGGUGACAUGCACCUCUCAGCUGUACAGUCCGCCAUUCUGCUGAGCCUGGGGCUUCAACACAGCACUGCAGAUGCCUUGGCCAAAGUGCUAGAUCUACCGUGUACCCAGCUGCUGGGCCUCUUCAACAGGGUGAUGCGGAAGUGCUCCCAGUUCCUGCGUGGUGUGUUGGAGAAGACUCUCGAUGAAGCACUGCCGCGUACUACAGGCGCUGCUGCCAACCUGCAGCCUGUGCUGCAGUCCCUCAAUGAAGAACUUGCUGGUGCAGCCAAGGAAAUUGAGGACCGUCAGAAGAGGGAGCUGAAGAAGUUGCAGCAGAUGGAUCUUAGUCAGUACAGCAUCAAGGGUUCCGAGUCGGAGUGGAAGAGCGCUUUGGAGCAGCCUGGCAAGCAGCUUGUCAGUAUAAAGACCAUCAACAAACGUCCUCAGGAAACGGAAACACAAGAGAAACAACAUAAAAAGAAGAAGAAAAAAUGAGUGCCUUCAUUAGAAGUGGUGUAUUCAAAUCAGUGUACAGUAAAUCAUACUAAACCAGCUG